UUCAGUGUAAACGGAAGUGAACAGUGACCAAGAACAAUUUCCACUUUAGCGUUUUAAUUUGUUAUUUAGACGUUUAUUAACACCAUGGAACUCAGCAUAUUACUACUUUAACUGCACGGCAUCACAUACUUACUUCAGGUAGUGUUUAAUUCCCGUUGGAGACAGGGCUUGGUUAAUAGAUGUUAUCUAGGUAACGCUAGCUAACAAUGGCUAACUGUAUGGUUUUUCACACUCAAAUAGCCUCCAUCAUGGAGGUGUUAGCAAAUGCAGCCGUGGCAGAGAUAUGUAAACUCGUAGACGACGACUAUGCAGUGAUCCGUUUGGAAAUGUCUCAAAGCCAGAAAGAAAACAGGGGAUUGCGGAGGAAACUACAGCUACUGGAACUAAAGGUGGCGCGGGAGCGCGCAGAGCGCGUCCUCGCCAGUCGUCCCAGUAGUGUCAAGAUCCUCGACCGAUACAGAGGAAUGGCAAGAGGUACAUUUAUGGCAAGAGGUGAAGGACAUCUCACUGGAGGCCACAGGGGCUUUGUGAAGCCAGUGGGACACAAUACAUGGAGAGAUGACCAACCAAUCACUGUUGAUGAGGGGAGUGGAACCUCAACCCAGCACGUUAUCGUUAUAGAGUAUGCAGAUGCAGAGGCUGCAGGUCCUGGGGUUAAGCAGGAGAGGUCUGAAGGAGAGGAGAACAAACGACACAACAUAGACAUCCAGACUGGAGCAGCGGCUGGAGUGGUUCCCCCUGUGGCUACAGAGGACUCUUCCACCACCCCAUCGCAGCCCAGGACGCGACGCAGCAUCACGGAGGUCAGUGGAACGCUGAACGCCGUCCUCAAGUCAGAGACUGACACAGAGACUUUAAUUGUAACACAAAGGCUUUUGCACACAGGAUCUGACCACAGAUCAGACCCAGAGAGACUGGGGCCACUGGGCUGUUCUCCUGCUCCCAGUUCAGAGUAUUUACUUUACGGUAACCCAAGCCCGAGGACGGUUCAUUCUCAUCAGGACUCAGGUGACGUGUUAGAGACUGGCAAUGAUCCGUCUUGUUCUUACACUACAGAGCCGGACACUGGCAACAUUCCCUUGGGUUUAGAGACACAGACUGUUCUCUCUAGAGGGGAUUGGAACCAGUACAGUAGUAGUGUAUACUCUGAAGGGUGCGUGGAGGGUCUGGUCGUAGAUAAAGUGACUGUGAAAGUGGAGGGCGACGUCCCUCCCACAUGGAAUGCAGAUAGUCACCUAGGAGACAGACAUUCACAGGGCAGAGAUUUCUUAGAAAACAGGGAAAGCUUGGAGACAAAUCCAAAUGUCGUUACCCACUCCCCUUUACACGCAUUCAGCGGUCGCGACCCAGUGUCCACGUCGAUGCGGCCUUCCGAUUCGCACAGCCGUGUCCUUUUCGAUCAGGUAUUGAACUCAAACGACAGGGCUAGAGCCCAGGCUCAGGGAGUGGGAGCUACGUCAGGCAAUAGUAAAGAGAAACGGUUCCUGUACAAGUUCUGUAACAAAGGCUUCAGCUGCACCCAGAAGGUGGACAUCCACCAGAGGGUCCACACAGAGGAGAAACCAUUCAUCUGUACCCAGUGUCACAUGCGCUUCGCCCAAGCUGGCACCCUGAAGAGGCACCAGAGGGUCCACACAGGAGAGAAACCCUUCAAAUGUACCCAGUGUCACAUGCGCUUCGCCCAGGCCGGUGACCUGAAGAGGCACCAGAGGGUCCACACGGGGGAGAAACCCUUCAGGUGCCCCCAGUGUGAGAAGAGGUUCUCCCGCCAGGACCAGCUGAAGAUGCAUCUGAAGAUCCACAUGGAAGAAAGGCCGUUUGCGUAGCUACCUCAGGGUGCACCAGCAGAAUAACCAUUCCACUCUAUAACAGACCAAGAACGUAACCAUUUCUACUUGAUACUGUUGCUUCUGAUAUUUAGAUCAAAUUGCAUCCAGACAUUGUGUGAUAUAUAAGGCAUAUUAUAAACCUAAAAAGUCUGUUACAUAAUGUGUUUGUACUGUUUAGGCUAUAUGUUUUAUUACUUCCAUUCAACUACUUCAAUUGUUUCCCAAGACACUUUCUAUUUGUUAUUAAAAAAAUUUAAAAAUUA